UGUUGCGCUCUCUGGAGCAUUUCAUCAAGCAGUUUGUGGGCAAUUUGCUGGGGUCAACAUCUUGCGGGGUCAAUUGAUCCCUCUUGCCCCUAUGUGGAUCCGCCCUGAUGACAUGGCAUCGACUAUGGUCCAUGACUUUUCUCAAAAACCUAAUUUUCCUUUCGGGGUAAAGUGGUGUGAAGCUUUCUGACUCCCAUAGGAAGAGAAAAGUUGUCUCAUCCUCCAAAUCGUUUUGGGCUGUCUGAAGCUGCUGUCUUGUCUCUCAGUUACAGAAGGUAACUAAGAUGGUCGAAGGUGUGCUUACUUUUGCGGCCGAGGGAGUAUUGAUGAAGCUGUCUUCCCUUGCUGCUCAAGAAAUCACUCUUUCUUGGGGAUUCAAAGGUGAACUAAACAGACUUCGCAGAACACUGUCCACCAUUGAAGGGUACUUAGGUGACGUUACCGACCAACCACAAGAUCGGGGCGACUCCAUAGAAGAUUGGGUGAAGAAUCUUAAAGGCAUAGCUCAAGAUGCGGAUGAUGUCUUGGAUGAAAUCAACUAUGAACUUCUCCGACACAAAGUAGAGCUCCAAAACCAUAUAAAGAAAAAGGUACUUAACUUCUUUUCACUCUCCAACAAUCCAAUUGCCUUUCGUCUUAAAAUGGCACAUAAAAUUCAGAAGAUCAAUGCAUCCUUGGAAGAUCUCAAGAGUGAGGCAUCUGUCAUUGGACUAGUUUCCAAGAGAAUAGAUGCAGCCCCUCAAGGAACUAGAGGACGCAUACAAACAGACUCACUCCCUGAAAAUGAUGGAAUCAUUUUUGGAAGGGAUAAGGUUGUGUCAGAUAUAGUUACAACCUUGACCAACUCCAACAUCAAUCAAGAAAAUCUUUCGGUUAUGGCCAUUGUGGGAAUGCCAGGCCUAGGAAAGACAACUUUGGCCAAGUCAGUAUACAAUGAUAAUUCUAUAAAAGGGUAUUUUGAAAAAAGGAUAUGGGUGUCUGUGUCUGAUCCUUUUAACAUCAAUGUGAUUUUGAUCUGCAUGUUAGAAUCUCUUAACCCAACAAAAGCCACUGUAAGAGAAAAUCUAGAUGCACUGCUUACUUACCUUCAAGAAGAGUUGAAAGAGAAAAGAUACCUACUCGUACUUGAUGACGUCUGGAAUGAGGAUUCUAGACAAUGGAACAGAUUGAUGAGUUAUUUGGAAAGACUUAAUUAUGCUCCGGGAAGCAAAAUUAUUGUCACUACCCGCAGUGCCAGAGUUGCAUCGAUCUCAGAAAAACUACUUCUGCGGCAUAAUUUGAGUACUCUGUCAACAGAUGAGUGUUGGUCCAUAUUAAAAGAUAGAGCUUUCCUAGAUGGUAGUGCUCGCAUGGAUCCUGAUUUAGAAAGAAUUGGGAAGCAGAUCGCUGAAAAAUGUGCUGGUGUCCCAUUGGUGGCAAAGGUUUUGGGAGGCAUUUUGCGCUCAAAAAAUAGUAUUGCUGAAUGGUCUUCAAUCAAAGAAAGUCGAAUAUGGGACUUAGCUGAAGAAGAAGAUAGAAUCAUUCCAAUCUUGAAGUUGAGUUUUGAUAAUUUGACAUCACCAUCGUUGAAGCAAUGUUUUGCAUAUUGCUCAAUGUUGAGAAAAGAUGUCGAAAUUGAAACAGAUAACUUGAUUCAACUUUGGAUGGCUCAGGGAUUACUCCACCCUUCUCGCGACAAAAGUGAAGAGAUGGAGGAUGUAGGUUAUGAAUAUUUUGAUAUUCUACUGCAAAGCUCUUUAUUUCAAGAUGCCACAGCAAAUGAAUAUGGCAUUAUUAGCAAAUGCAAGAUGCAUGAUCUUGUGCACGAUCUUGCAGAACUUGUAUCCAAAUCGGAAAGCUUGAUAGAAGAUAAUUCCAGUUAUACACUUGAGAUUCAACAUGUUGCUCGGGUUUCUACUUCCAUGCAAGAAAGAAUUCGAGACAGUUGGGUUGGGAGAUUGCGCUCACUAUUUUCGGAUGGUGAACUCCCUAGCAACAUGUUGCCAGGGUUUAAAACCUUACGAGUCUUAAAUUUAUUUAAGGCUAAUAUUGCGGAGCUUCCAACAUCAAUUGGAAAGCUGAAACACUUGAGGUAUCUUGACAUUUCAGAAACAAGAUUGAAAACACUCCCAAGUUCUAUUGGCAAGCUCUAUAACCUACAGACAUUAAGAGCAAGACAUUGUGCUUUUAAAGAGUUUCCAAAAGAAGUGCAAACCUUGAUCAACUUGAGACAUGUUUAUUGUGACAAGAGAAUGAAAUUUCCACGUGGGAUAUUGGGGAAAUUGACUAGCCUCCGAACAUUACCUCCCUUUUAUGUGGAUAAGGAGAGAGGCUGUGAAAUUCAGGAGCUGGCUGCCUUGAAUCAAUUGAAAGGUCAAUUGGUUAUUUAUAAUCUGGAACAUGUGAGGGAUGAAGAUGAAGCAAGGAAAGCUAAAUUAAAGGAGAAGAAAAAUGUACGUCACUUGAUAUUUUUAUGGACAGAAAAUAGGUCAACAACCAACAAUUAUGAAGAGGAUGUACUAGAAGGCCUCCAACCACAUCCUAAAUUAGAAAUACUAGCGAUUGUACAUUUCAUGGGUGCUAAAUUUUCAUCAUGGAUGAUGAAUAGGUCGUCACAACUUGACAAUUUGAAGAAAAUUGUAUUUCACGGGUGCCACAAAUGUGAAGAAAUCCCAGCGCUCGGCUGUCUACCUCAUCUUACACUUGUUUGGAUUUAUGCAAUGGAUAAUCUAAAAUGUGUUGGGCUUGAUUAUUGCACCUCUCUCCAGGAAUUGUGGAUAUGGGAUUGCGGUAAUCUAACAUCAAUUCGUAUUACACACGGCAUGGCCCUCACCUCUCUUCGGGAACUGGAAAUUGGAUAUUGCAAUGAGAUAUCAAGCUUGCCUGCGCUACAACAAUGUCGUUCUCUUCAAAAGUUGGAGGUAUCAUUUUGCCCAAAGCUAACAUCCAUUUCAUCAAUAUCACUCCAUGAACAUGAGCAUAACCAUGAAUUUGAUAGUGCUCUGCCUGCCAAUGUAUCUAUAAGUGAUGAAAAUCUUCUACUGAGCAGGAGCUGUAGUAACCUUGAACAGUUGUCUAUAACCUAUUGUCAUGGUCUACAGUCUAUUCCAGAAUUACAAAACUUCACAUCCCUACGUCAACUGAGCAUUCAAAAUUGCGAAAGAUUAGAAAGGUUGUUGUGUAGUGGGUUACUAAUGCCCAUCUCUCUUGUGGAGUUGAAAAUAUGUUGUGCCCCUAAUUUAGAGGCUCUUCCGAGUUUAGACAACCUCACGUGUCUCUCUAAGUUGGAGAUUAAUUGUUGUGGCAAAUUGAAAUGUCUACCUAUAGGGCCACACUGCUCCACCAGUUUGAAGGUUUUGAAACUUGGUGGGUUAAACCUCGAUUCAUUCCCUGAUUUUCAGGUUGGAUCAUCACAGCUUGAAACAUUAAUAUUGAGGGGGUGGCCCAAGCUAAAGUCUCUGCCUCAACAAAUUCAAAACUUCACUUCUCUAACGUAUUUGUCGAUACAAUGUUUCCAUGGAGUGGAGGCUCUUCCAGAGUGGUUGGGUAACCUCACAUCCCUUACGAAGCUGGAGAUUUUGAAUUUUAAGAACAUGAUGUAUCUACCUAGUGUCACAGCUAUUCAACGUCUCACCAAAUUAAAAACCCUAGAAUUAUGUGGAUGUCCUCUUCUACAGAGCAAAGAAUGGCCCAAGAUUUCCCACAUUCAGCAUAUAGAUGGUUUUAAUCAGCAUUGGUUAUAUUAUGGUCUACUUCUCAAACCAUCUUGAAUGAAAAGGUUGCAAAGGUUACUCACACAUUAUGGAAUGCUCCGGGAACGGGCAGGCUACUUGGAUUGAGGGCUGGUUUUCCCCAACAGCUAAUUCAUUCAAAAUGGAAAUUUUUAUAAACGCGGCCAAUUGAAGGGUUGCAUAGAGAGGGAGAUAGAUAUACAUAUAAACUUGUGAUUUUUGUUUUCAUUUGGAAUUUAAGAGAAAACUAGCCACAAUUUUGAUUUGUAACAUAGAACUCUUAUUUAUAAGAACUGUAGGGAAAAAAAAAACAAAAAGCCCAUGGUCAUCCCCUGUUUCAUCCUGCAAAAAGCCCUUUUAUGAAGAA